GUAUCACAAGACACACACAACAAACCAUGCCAGCCAAGGACCACCAAAAACAGAGUUUCGAUUCGCGAAUUUUCAAAUUAAGAUAGCCUAGUCAAAUCCUAUAUAUAACUGUUCGAUUAUAAGCAGUUUGUGUAUACGGAAAUUUGUUGUGAGGAGGAAAAGAAGAAUAUGUCUGUGUUGAGUGAUAUUUUUGUGCUACGUUAUGUUCUGUUAAUAUCGGCUGAUUACACAGCAACAUAUGGACCGUGUUAUGUUCUUUAUCAGAGAAACCGUCUAUAAUUCAUUAACAAAUGGAAAUACCUAUUGACAGUCAGGUGCCUUUGAUAAAUGGUUGGACGUCCAACGACACACCCAGUCAAAGGGUCAGAGACCAGGGUACAAGAUUAAACAGAUCCCCACCGGAAACGCGGUACGCCAAGGACGAUCUCACUCUCGUCAACCCAUCGUAUUCACAAUAUCAGUGUCGGACUCUCCGGAACAACCGGUGUGGGGUAUGCUGGGGUAGGGAUCAGGAAAGACAUAUCCAGCCCUUACCUUCCUUCAACUCUUCAUUUUCACAAAAAGAUGGUAGUGAUAAUAUACUAUAUUGUAGCCGUAGUAAAUCUACAUACCCAGUAGCUGGAAAUACCAAAAACCCCGCUUGUGUUUCCUUCCAAUAUACCGUACCUACACAGCAUUCUUCGACUGAUAGUGAAGUCUGGAGCCAGUGUAAUAAUUAUACCAAUCAAACCAAGUGUUGUGCUAGUCGAAUUAAAAUGUUUCGGACGUUAGGAAAAAUGUUGUUCGUGUGUGUACUGAUAUCGUGUUUUGUGUACAUUGUUGGAUUAAAAAAGGCCAAGUUAUCAUCACAAGAUAGUGGAAAUUCCUUGGAUGAGGGUAGAACAGCAAGCGUUGGUCUCGGAGGACCCGACCGUGUAAUGCUGGAGCCCAACAUAUACAAGCCAAUCGCUUUAGAGGAAUUUGAGAGGAAUAUACUAGACCUGAGGACCCAUUAUGACGUCAUACGAAUGUUUCUAGUGAAUAGUAGUGUAUCAGACGAUGAUAUCUCAAGACUGAUUGAUAACGAGGACAGUUCUGACGUCAUAGAUGACAUAUCAGGGUCCCAUAAAAGGGAUUAUGAUUACUAUAAUGAUGAAUGGGAUUAUAACGAUGAAGAUCGUGUAGUAAUGCAGAAAGCUUUGGAACAUUAUGCGGAGAUUAAGACGGGACCAUUAGGUGAAUGCAGUCAACCCAGACCGGAAAUAGUACGGGUCAGAGAUUUUACGGGAGACGCCCACAAAGUGUAUGUCCCAAAAUUUACAGUCAUACAUAAAUGUCGGAACGUGACCGGGUGUUGUUGGUUCGAUUCUCAAGAAUGUCGCCCACUUAAUGUGCAAAUUGUGUGGAAACCUUUCAUCACGGUAUCCUAUAAUAUGGAUGACGACACGGUGGAGAAAAGUACGGACAGCGUUGAAUGGGUGUUAUUUGAAAAUCACACUCAUUGUUCCUGUCAGAACCUCAACCCCUUGCCCGAGUGCUCCUCCAGAUGUCCACAUCCGUUUUUUAUGUCACGACCUCACCAGGAAUGUGUAUGCGACUGCAAGAAAAACUCAAUUCAUUGUAACAAAAUUAAAUAUGGCAUCGAACCUCUAAAGCGCAAAGAGUUUGAAUGCGUCAAGCGAAAUGAAUGUAUGCAGCCGUCCUGUGCGGGAGGUCGUUUUGACAUGAGAAAGGGAUUUUGUGAAGGUGUUGAAAACAGUGACCUGCCGAUACUUCAUCUCCUUGAAGAAGAGCGUCACAGCCCGAGGUACCCGGGUCGUCGGUAGUCCUCGCCUAACCACUGAGUCUCAAUUAUUCUGACGUUCUAUCAAUUUUUUAUAUGGGUUUGGAGUCGAUGAACGUCAGAACUCCGUCCUAUUGAGGAAAAUAAGCAAGCCAUGCAUGGAUCGGCAUUCAUCCGCUAAUUGUGGAAAGAACUGGUCAUUUUCACUUCUGACGUUCAUCGACUAGAAGCCGAUUUAAAAAGUCGAUAGAAUGUCAGAAUAAAUCCGACUACUCACCACCAAAUAGUCAGUCUACCUCAUCCAUCGACACAUCCUCUCAAUCCAAGGGUUUCAUUUUGGCUAAUUUGAACUGUUUGGCUUUUAACGGCCAGUCGAUAGCUGAGAUAAUAUAGGGCCAGAUUAAGUGAAGCAUCUUGAUAAAGGUAAUUAGUCAGCAACCUUGAAACAAAGCGAAGCCGAAUUGACUACAAUACAUAAUUACCAUAUUGUGUAUCUUUUGUUUUACCAUCUCGUCACAUUAUUUUUGACCUUAGUGUUCUUAGGAUUUACGUACGGCCACAAAAGUUGGGCGAUUCUUUACUGUCUCAUAUAUUACGUAUGUGAGUGCUAGUAAGCUCCAUACUGGUCUUUUAUCUUAUGAAGGUGACAGUGAAGUGACACUAAUCUUCUACUGGUUGUGUUUUAAGUACUUUGGUCGGUUCUAUAUUUAAAACAAAAUGACCAAUUGCCUUAUGAAGACCGAUGGGGUUGCAUCCAAGUGUCGAUUUUAUCAUUUUGUUGUCGUUUGAUUCCCUUUGUUUUAGCAAAAUAUCGCAGGUAACAAUUUUCUUUCAAAAAUGGAAUGAGCAAACAGGUAUCAACCACAGCGUGUGUCAUCAUGAAGGUCUUGAUUAAUCGUUAUGCAACUGUGUAAUACAGAGGCACAGAUAUUGAGACAGAAACCCUUGUAUUUCGAAGGUGUCAUACAGUUAACAUAAUCAUUGGAUAACAUUUACUAUUUAUGUGUGGUGUUCUGUGUUCUAUAAAAACUCACCAUGGACUGUGUAUUACAUGUACAGUAUCAUAUAGUGAUCAGGUCCAUUCUUUAUUUAUUUACAGUCAGUACCAAAUUGAAUCAAAACAACAAAGUGUGUUUAUUUUUAUUUUUAUUUUCGCGAAAUAAAGUUUCGGAAUAGCAAAGAUGCCUUGUUGUUUUGGGAAAAGAUUUUGGUGCUGACGAGCAUAUUUUUAUUUCAUUUUAUUUCAUUUUACAAUUUACAAACCAGCAAACUACAGAGGGAAUUUCGGUUCUUUGAAGGUGAUUUGCUCACUCACGCAUAGAGGUAGUCACGUGCUAAAUCAACACGUGUAUGGGAAAGGAAAGUACACGUGCUGAUUUGGAAGAGGUAUAUAUACGGUAUAGGAGUCCUCAAUUUACCUCCCUUUGUUUAAAUAUAGUACCCUUUUUUUAAAGUUAUGUUAUUUUUACAGAAGUUCGCUCAAUUGCGAUAUGAUUCGUAUCCUUUUUCAUCGACGUCCACGCAAAGAAAACAAGUUAAUGAGAGUAGAUGUUAAUGAGUGGAUUUGAAUUUCAAGGGAGACAACUAUUGAGUGUAAAAAAAGCGAUGCCUCCUGUAAUACUGCAUUUUAGACUUGUUCAACCCAACUUUGAUGACUUGAUAAUAAGUUAAGGUUGUUGUUUCCUUUAUCUGAUAAGCGCCUCCUAACAUAAAUGUCGCGGGAAAUAUGGGCGGUCCCGUAGAUAUCUUAAGAGAUAUCAGACAAUGGUUAUUAUAAAACUAUCUAGGGAGGUAAUUGUUUACCAAGUAACAAAUAUGAAAGUGUGGAGUGUCGCGGUUUACUUUAGAUAAGGUCUUUUUGUGUUUCCUUGAUAACCUUGUAUCUUAAUACGACGAGAACUCAAACGUACCGCUUGGUAAAAACGAAAAAGGAAAAUACUCAUUCUUUUAUUGAUAGUGUUAAAUGACGUCACAUACCACUGAACAAAGCUUUGACUACCAUUUUUCUCGGCCAAGUUAAAUGUUCCUACAGGUUUACAUUUAUGUUAUUAUAAGUUUGGUCAGUACGAUACAAAUUGGUAUUACAUUGUUAAGAUUUUUUUCUUUAAUCAGAAACAUUAGUCGUAUAAUAUACAUCUUCAUUUCAUUGUGAUUAUUUAUUUUGAUAGGAAAAUGUUACUGUUUCCGGAAUAUCAUCCCGUUUUUCAUUUUAUAAUUUAUCAGUAAUAAUUCUAUUCUAGAUAUUGCUUUAUUUCGGCACUCAGAUAUCUUUGCAUUUGUCGUUUUUUGCUUCGGAAUGAUAGAUUCUUCAGGACUUGUCCGGCUUGCAUCACACAUCAUCAUGAAUUCUGAGUCUCAACUUUAUUUCCCGUUUUGAAAAUUAUUUAAAUCAUCUGCAAACGUGCGAUUUUUAAUGGUAAUGAGAAUAUAUCUCACCAGAUUUUAAAUAUGUGAAAUAUCAGUAGUGUCAACAUUAGAAAUCGAUUUUAAGUAUUUAAUUAUAACAAUAUUUACAUUGUAGUAAUUCAUAACAAUUAAGUUAACACAAAUUUCUUAUUACCAAAUUCAUUGAUUUUGUCGCCUAUUUUAGAUGUUAUCGUCCAUAUCAUGA